ACAGCCGGCCCGCCCGCCAGGUGCGCCGCCUCGAGUUCAACCAGGCCAUGGACGACUUCAAGACCAUGUUCCCCAGCAUGGAUUACGACAUCAUCGAGUGCGUGCUGCGCGCCAACAGCGGCGCCGUGGACGCCACCAUCGACCAGCUGCUGCAGAUGAACCUGGAGGGCGGUGGCGGCAGCGUCUAUGAGGACAGCUCCGACUCGGAGGACAGCAUCCCCCCGGAGAUCUUGGAAAGGACUUUGGAGCCUGACAGCUCUGAUGAAGAACCCCCACCUGUCUACUCCCCGCCAGCCUAUCACAUGCACAUGUUUGACAGGCCUUACCCUCUGGCUCCCCCCACGCCACCUCCCCGCAUCGAUGUGCUGGGCUCUGGACCCGUGUCGAGCCAGAGGCGCUAUCGUAACUGGAACCCACCGCUGCUGGGCAACCUCCCCGAGGACUUUCUCCGCAUCCUGCCCCAGCAGCUGGACAGCAUACAGGGUAACCCCGGGGGCUCCAAGCCCAGGAGCAGAGAGGGAGGCCUGCCCCCUGUGGCUGGACCCGGCGCCCGGGACCAGGAAAACCGCUGGAAGCAGUACCUGGAGGACGAGAGGAUUGCGCUCUUCCUGCAGAACGAGGAGUUCAUGAAGGAGCUGCAGCGCAACCGGGACUUCCUCCUGGCCCUGGAGAGAGAUCGUUUGAAAUACGAGUCCCAGAAAUCCAAAUCCAGCAGCAGCGUGGCUGUGGGAAACGACUUUGGCUUUCCUUCUUCUGCCCCAGGAGCCGGUGACACCAAUCCUGCUGUGUCUGAAGAUGCCUUAUUCAGGGACAAGUUGAAACACAUGGGAAAAUCCACCCGGAGGAAGCUGUUCGAGCUGGCCAGGGCCUUCUCCGAGAAGACCAGGAUGAGGAAGUCAAAGAGGAAACACUUGUCCAAGCACCAGUCGCUGGGAGCUGCGGUCUCAACGGCUAAUCUCCUGGACGACGUGGAGGGCCACACUUGUGAUGAAGACUUCCGGGGACGGCGACACGAGGCACCCAAGGUGGAGGAAGCCCUAAGGGAAGGACAGUAAGAGCAGAUGCCAGUGCUUCUUCCUUGCCGGAGAUGGUCUGACCUGGUGGGGGCAGCCGGAGAGCCAAACCGGCCCCCGGCGGAAGGGCCCAGCUGCCGCCGGACAGAUGGCGCCGAGGACUGAGGCCUGGUGAUUCUUCAGCCACGUCCAGCCCCGCCACUGCGACUGUCACUGCCACUUUCCAGGGGACUUAGAACUUUGGAGUUUUGUGCUGUGAUUGGAGGAAGGACCUGGGGCCCCGGGGGCAGCUGCCCGUCCUAGCCCCUUUUGUAGCCAGGCUGUUCUAUGGGCAAUGAGUGGAAGUGCAGGAACUCCCACCACCGUUCCCCCCCCCACUGUCCCCACCUCCGCCACCUUAAAAAAAUCCCAGAAAAAAGGCAAAGGUUGGAGUACCCCAAAGGGCAGGAUGGUGAAGCCCCUGAAGGUGGAGCCCCUGCCCCUCUCCUUUCCCCAUCUCUCCUGGGUCACAGACACGGCCUGACCCCCUGUCCCCAUCCCCAGCUCCCUUCGGGGCACCUUGGGCCCUUUAUUCCCAUGGCUUCCUGCAUCUCAGCCUUCCCCCCGCAGGGCUGCAGACCCUUGGUACAAGCCCUGGACAGAGCCCUGGGUGGGAGAGCGCCGGGCAGUCACUCAGGCUCCCUCUGAGGAGUGAUGGGCCACUGUAGAGAGUUAGCUCCUGACCAACCACCCUGCCAGGGCCCCACCAGCUGCCUCUGUUAGGGGUUGGCAUGGCCCCCAGCAGGGAUGGGGAGGGGGCCACCCCGGAGCUGGAGGAGUCUGGCUAGCCAGGAGUGUUCUUGACUAUGGCAGAAGACAAAAGGCAGUUCUGGAUGGGACCCUGCAGCCACUCAACAGUGGGGGCUCCCGGGGGUGGGGUGGGGUGGGGGGGCUCUGAGUAGAAGUCCUGUUGUCACUAAGGGUGGGCAGCAGCAGGUUCUGAGGUGACCCUUGAGAAAGUGCAGGACUGAGGGGCGAGGAGAUGAGGCUGCCAGCCCCGGUGGGGGCGCCUGGGGCGGACGGGCUUGCUGGGUGCCUCUUGCCGAGAACGAGAAGGGGAGUGACGUGAGGAGGCGCGCUCGGCUUCCACAAGCCUUAGCGGGCACCAAGCACUGCCAGCGGGAGGCGGCUGGCCCGGUCUCUCCGGCCAGCCUCCGGGACGGGAGCGCGCUGACCUCUCCGGAGGAGAGCCGGGGAGCCUGGGCCGGCACGAGGGGGUCCCCUCCCCCGCCCCCCCAGCAGCGGGCAACCAGCCCAGCCCAAGCGCGGGGUGGGGGGGGUUGGGAGCGGGAGCCCGGCCGUCACCCCGAGAUAAUGAGGGCGUGGCGGGCGCCAUGGCACCUCGUUCCGCCGAGG